AGCCCUCUCUAUCGACCCACCCCGAAGCAGAGCUGUUCGACUCCGCGAGUACAUACGAGACGACGCGACGCGAAGCGCGAACCAAACCCUACCCACUCGCCGCGACCCCGAUCCCCCACCUCGUCGGAGAUGAGCUCCGCCUCCAACGGCGGGAAGAAGCCAGCGAGCGGCGGCGGCCGCGGGGGCCCCACCAUCCGCACGCUCGCCGACAUCAACCGCGGGCCCGCCGGCUUCCCCGGCGCCGGGGGCAGCGGCAGCGACUCCGACGAGCCCCAGGAGUACUACACCGGCGGCGAGAAGAGUGGGAUGCUUGUUCAAGAUCCAACAAGAAGGAAUGAUUCUGACGCAAUCUUUGAACAAGCUAGGCAGACGGGUGCUGUCCAAGCGCCACCCCCUUUUCUUGAUAGCCAAUCUUCCAGCUCGAGGAGCUUUACAGGGACUGGCCGACUGCUUUCAGGGGAGACAACACCAUCUGCUGCGCCUGCGCCUCAGGAACCAGUUCACAUACUCCACGUUAUACACUUGUGGAACAAUGGUUUCAGUGUAGAUGAUGGUCCACUGAGAGCCUAUGAUGAUCCUGAAAAUGCAGACUUCAUUGAGAGCCUUAAGAUGUCCCGGUGCCCCCAGGAGCUGGAGCCUGCUGAUAGAACCACACCAGUUCAUGUGAAUGUUAUGAAAAGACUCGAAGAUUACCGGGAACCUAUAAGGCCCCGAUCAGCUUUCCAGGGUGUUGGAAGAACCCUUGGCGGUGGACCUUCCACAGAUGAGACUUCAGCACCUGCUCCUGCUGCUCCCACUUCAGCACCCCCUGCUGCUUCGAGGUCCACCAGCUUUGUCGUAGACGACUCCCAGCCAUUUACAUCCAUACAGCUGAGGCUGGCUGAUGGCACUCGUAUGGUCGCCAGGUUCAACAUGCACCACACCGUGGGGGACAUCAGGUCCUUCAUCGACGCAUCCCGGCCCGGAGCUGCAAGGACGUAUCAGCUGCAGACUGGCUUCCCACCCAAGCAGCUGGCUGACCCAACGCAGACUGUCGAGCAAGCUGGCCUGGCGAACUCCGUUAUCAUGCAGAAGAUGUAAAUGCUUCACCAAGCUGGGAACCCAGAUGCAUAAUGCGUCUUUUGAAAACUUAGUAUCAUCGAGUGGUUGGUCAUCGUAUCAGACACUGUACUGUGUACUGGCCUAUUGCCGUAUCAGCCUCGUUGACAGCCUAUCAGAGUCGUCAGUGAACUAUGCAUACAUUCAUAUUUAAAUCAACUACUGAAUUACCACAUCCACGUAUUUGCGUGUUUGGUUUUUAAUAACCAGUUAUUGACUUA